GAUGCCACAGUUGUGCGUGAAGUUCCAAAGGAAAACUUUGUCGAUCUUGAUCGUCACGUUUCUUGGGGAUUUCGGCGUUUGAACGCAAUAUGUUCACACAAACACGACGCUUACAGAGAUUUAAAUAAUUCGUGCGACGUAGGCUUACGUCAAUGUAUAAUGGGCUUUUGUCGUUGGCUUGGGGGUUACGUGAAGCGAGGGCCUCCCGUGAAAAAACAAAUGCGACCCAUUCUUAUUUUUCGUGUUCCGCUUCUGCCGUUCUGUUUUUUCGGUGCAUUAGCCGAGUAGGCAAGCCUCGGACGAGCAGUCAAAGCGCGGCGGUCAUUGCGAACACUUCGGCCACUUUGGGGGCUCUACCGAUUCUUCAGUUGUGAAUCGACAAAAAUAGGUGACACAGUCAGAAGGUUUGAAAAAUGGAGGAGCAUCAACCCAUGAUUACAAGCAGUCAGUCCUACUUCGAGGACAUGCUGAGCAUGAAGGAUGAACAGCCAAAUCUGGAUUCCGGAGUCAGCGAGGUGACGAGAUUCUACGCUGGCCUCAACAUCCUUGUCACCGGUGGCUCUGGUUUCCUCGGCAAGCUCUUAAUCGAGAAACUACUUAGAUCAUGUCCAAAAGUCGGAAAGCUCUAUUUGAUGAUGAGAGCAAAAAAAGGAAAGAGCCCCGAGCAUCGUUUCAAGGAACACUUCGAUGAUGUUGUGUACGAUAGAUUGAAGAAGGAACAACCUAAUUUCUCUGAUCACGUGGUGAUGAUUGAGGGCGACAUCAGUUUAGGGGAUCUUGGCUUAUCUAAAAGUGAUCGAGAAGAGUUGAUAGAAAACAUCGAUGUCGUCUUUCACGGAGCCGCUACGGUGCGUUUCGACGAGUCGCUACGUCAAGCUGUCAAUAUCAACGUCAGAGGCACAAAGCUUGUUUUGAUGUUUGCCAGGGAAAUGAAGAAUUUAAAGGCAUUUGUCCACAUUUCGACUGCCUUCUCGCACUGCAUAUUGAAGAAAAUCGAAGAGAAGUUUUACGAACCACCCAUGGACCCAGACAGAGUUCUUUCGCUGGUUGACAUGCUGGAUGAUGAUCUACUGGACCACAUGACACCUAAGGUCAUAGGAAAAUGGCCAAACACCUAUGCAUUCUCAAAAGCAGUGGGCGAAGAAUUGGUCCGCAAAUACAGCGUGGGAGUCCCAACUUGUAUUGUUAGGCCAUCGAUCAUGAUAGCAACUUACAAGGAGCCUGUUACCGGCUGGAUCAACAACUACUAUGGGCCGACUGGUGUCGUCAUGGGAGCAGCCAUUGGUCUCCUUCGAAGCUUGCAUUGCGAGAGUACGAAAAUCGCCGAUAUUAUUCCCGCUGAUUAUGUGAUAAACAAUAUUAUUGUCGCCGCUUGGGAUACUGCCAAAACAUGGGAGGAAAAGCAGAAGGAAUUAGCUGAGAAAGAGGACGGGCCUGAGAAGCCUGAGGACCCAUUAAUUUACAACUCGGUUUCUUCCUGCCAAAGACCCAUCAAUUGGGGUACAUUCAUGCACUUGAACGAGGUUUACGGUAGAGAAGUUCCAAGUGCCCUGGUACUCUGGCAUUAUUCAUUCAUGUUGAAUAGACACUUGUGGGUGCACAAUCUCUGCGUUUACCUCUUCCACAUGGUACCUGGUGCUAUAGUUGAUGUUUUGGCCCUGUUGACUGGACGAGAUCCUAUAUUACUUAAAGCUUACAAGAAGAUUCAUAAAUUCAGCGGUGUCAUAUCCUACUUCUCUACUCAGCAAUGGGAAUUCAAUAACAAAAACGUAUUGGAGCUUUGGGAAAGGACGCCUCCUGCUGAUAGAAAGAAAUUUGACUUCAAUCUGGAAAGUUUGGAUUGGAACGAUUUCUUUUACUAUCACGUUCGUGGACUUCGACUGUACAUCCUGAAAGAUCCAUUGAACACAAUUGAUGUCGGCCGCGUCAAGUUUAGGAGAUUGAAAAUUGCUCAUUAUACAAUCGUGACUAUCGCCUGCCUUAUUCUAGCCUGGAUAGCUUUUAUUUUUGUACGAUUUAUAUUCUCUUAUUGUUCGUCAUUUUUUAAUUAGAAAUAUGUGCGACAUCAAAACUUCCUCAAUGAGAAAGUUAAGCAUAUUAAAAUGAGUUCAUUCAUGAAAUUGGACGACAGCCACUGUUUGAUAGUUUUUAAAAAUCUAGGUUCUUUAACAUAACAUUGUGAACAAUAUAUUUAUUAAUUUAUAUUCGUAUAAAUUAGGCAUCGUUAUCAUUAUUGUUCUUAUCACUGUUAUAUAAGUAUUUUUAUCAAUUUACGUAUCAAUUGAUCACAACAAAAAAGUUUAAAGCGAGUUGCUGAACAAUUUAUAUCAUAUACUGUUCAAGACGUGAUUUACUAAAGUGUACUUCCAUUAUAAUUUGUAUUAAAAAUAUAUAAUACUUUUUCUAUAAAACUUGA